AUAGAACCCCGUGAAAUAACCAGCCAUAUACACCCGUACAGAAAUUUACCGCGACUGAGUUACACUAAAGAAGCGAAGAUGUCGAAGCUGUGGAUAAUCCUUGCGUUCCUGUUUCUGGUUAGCCAGACAACGGUGCCAGUUACCGGUAAUCCAGUGGGUGGUGCUGGCGAAGCUGAAAGCACCACAGGAGGCUACUCGGCAAGCGUCUCUGACGAAGUUGAUGGAGGAAGUGGGUCAGGAUCCGACUCGGCAAGCGGCUCGGGUGACGACGAUGCGGAAAGCGGGUCUGGGGGCGACUCGGCAAGCGGCUCAGGUGACGACGAUGCGGGAAGCGGGUCAGGAUCCGGCUCGGCAAGCGGCUCUGGUGACGAAGAUGCGGGAAGCGGGUCAGGAUCCGGCUCGGCAAGCGGCUCGGGUGACGACGAUGCAGGAAGCGGGUCAGGAUCCGGCUCCGCAAGCGGCUCGGGUGACGACGAUGCGGGAAGCGGCUCCUCAAGCGACUCGAGUGAAGACGAUUCGGGAAGCUGUUCUGCAAGCCCGGGGAGAGGUAGGGGCAGGUAUGGAAGCUCCGGCAGUUCUUCUAACGAGGUGCACUACCACAUCCACAUCCACAAUGGGUGCGGGUCCAGGGGCUGUUCUAGUAGAAGCUGCUCGAAGGAGACCCACAUCCAUAUCCACACAGAAAAGUGCUGCGGAAAUGGCGGUGACAGUGGUGAAUCGGAAGAGGACGAAUCUGAAGAAAGUGCUGAAUCUGAAGAGAGUGGAUCCGAAGAAGAUGAUGCAUCGGAGGAGAGUCAAUCCGACGAAAAUAGCGAAUCGGCAGGGAGUGAAUCCGGAGGCAGUGGUGAAUCGGCAGGGAGUGAAUCCGGAGGCAGCACUGAAUCAGCAGAUGAGGAAUCCGGAGGCAGCACUGACUCAGCAGAAGAGGAAUCCGGAGGCAGCACUGACUCAGCAGAUGAGGAAUCUGGAGACAGCACUGACUCAGCAGAUGAGGAAUCCGGAGGCAGUACUGAAGAGGCGGAAGAGGUACCCGGAGGCGGUACUGAAGAGGCGGAAGAGGUACCCGGAGGCGGUACUGAAGAGGCGGAAUAG